AUGGUGCCCAAUUUUGUCCUCCUCAUCAUCGUCAUGUCGGUAACGCCGCAGGCCGAAGAUCGCAUAUACAAUCUGGCUUUCGCAAGACUUCUAGCGGAAUACCAGCAACGAUUCUCAAUAUGGACAGCCUACUUGGGUGUUUUCGCACGCCCCAGUCAGUGUCUCGACAGAAGGCUUCAGACUUUACAUGAUAUUCGAGAUAUUGUUUUACGUCUGUUGGGAUUGAUUGUAGUAGAGCCUUCUGGUAUUACCGCCACUGAUGAUGCCAAGAUAAAAACUCAAGAUACAGAAGAAGCCCUGAAAUCGGGUGUGGAGAGCUUGACUGAGAUUGAGGAGACACUUGAUCGACUCAAUCGACUGGGCGUUGCGAUCCGACAGUCAGCCAGACUGAAUCUCAAUCACCGAGUGAAACUCUUCGCUCAAAAUGUCAAUGUGAAAGAUUAUGAACACUUAUUCGCAAACAUAGUCCAAGUCCUUUACCCCAACGCCCAUCCGUCCUUACGGAGUCGUCUCGCAAGGUCCAUGACAGACAGGCUGGCAAGAAUAGUCUUUCUCAAGUCUCGACAACUUGCUCUAGCAACUCGGCGAAACGAGCAGCCACAGCAGAUGGCUGGUAUUCCUGAAGAUGAGGCAGUGCAAGAGGAGACAGCUCCUACCGCACAUGUUCCACACCAUCCGCCACCCACUCUUAUAUCACAAGACUCGUUGCCUCAGCCCAUAGGUCCGCGUAACGCAUUCUCCGACCUAUCAUCACUGGACACGAGUCUCUUCCGAUCUAGACUAAACAACAUAUGGCGUCCAAACUCCAAAACUCGCAAGACAUCGUCUACGCAAAUUAAAUAUGAAAAUUAUCCACGGCCACCAAAUCAGUCAGAGGGUGAGAUGGUAGUUUGCGAAUGGUGCUCGCAGCCACUUAACAAAGAGGAUCUAGACCCUAUGAGAUGGAGGCGACACGUGGAUCGUGACUUGGAGCCUUACAUAUGUCUUUCAGAAGGGUGUGCUGAGUCCUCCGCAGGAUUCUCAACCUUUGAAGACUGGUCUGAUCACAUGCAGACUCACGACAACCACUACACCUUUGGAGACCCGGAGAAUCUCCUUUCACAUAUGCAAGAGACGCAUAUUGACCAAUUUUCUGCCGAACAGAUUCAGAUCAUCUCAAGGCGAACUUCCCGACAAACGGAUCAAUCUGUCGCUAUGGAGAUAAGCAGCGAUGUUGUGGAUAGUGAUGACGCCUUCUCUUCAUCCCGCGACGAGGAUCUACCGCCCUCGAGUAUCUUGAACGAUCACACGAGCGUGGAACCUGACCCUCUCACAUCCUCAACAAUUCCAUCCUACCAAGAUAGUAGCACUAGAAGAUCAAAUGAUGAUAGUCUUCAACAAGUCAUUCCUCCCGAGUCUGAAGACUUGGGGAAGUGGGGCGACGUGCCUCGCCAGGGCGAGGUCUUGGCCGAGCUUGAAGCGCCUGCUCUUGAAGUCUUGACCACGGAUACUGGAGAUACGAACGAGGAGACUGCCAUGGGUUCUGAUGAUGAUUCCACUGACGAGAGUACCGUUGACAAUGACGGUUUAUCUAACCAGGGAAUACCAAUACAAGACAACCGCCAACGUAGCGUUGAUGGCGCGUUAUUCCAGCGAGCCAGCCUUGUGCGCAGUCCGACCCCGCGAGGAUCUCUCCUUACCUUGAUGAUGGAACAGAAUAAGCGUUUGCAAAGUCCAGGUGAUCGUGCCUCGCAAUCGAACUUGGCCAUUCCUCCAUUGAACAUCGCCUCCAAUGACCUCUCGCUACAAGGCUCACCAAAAGACUCUUAUGAUAAUCCUUUCGCGAUGGAGGGAUCCAUAAACACUACCCUCGCGACAGAGGUAUCCAUAGGCAGUACCCCCACGCUGACACAUGGGAUCCCCAUCGUUGACAAUGCUAGCGAUAUGCAGGGCCAAGCUGCUCUCUCGCCGCGCACAACGCGUCGCAAUAUGCUCGAGACUGAGCUUACCGAGUCCCUGCGUCGUCACUUGCUAUGGGAGCGACAGCAAAGACCUACUAAUGUUAUAUUAAAGGAUAGUAACACCUCGGAUCAUGUAACUGACGAUAAGAGCUGUGAUGACCCAGAUGAACCUACUGAAGAGCCAUCACCACUGGAUAUAGGGAAUGUCUUUACUUUUAGUAACGAUGAGUGGACAUAUUUUUAG